AAGGAGGGCUUGUAUAAGGAAAAGACAAAACAAAUAUCUACUUUUCUUGACAAAAACACAUGUUUAGGGUAAAUGAAAAAGAAAAUAUAUACAUUUCUUGACAGAAACGCAUGUGUAAGGACAAGGAAAAACUACAUAUAUAUUUAUGCUUUUAUUUCUUAUUAUGUCAGUUUUGGUCCUCCAUAGUCUUCACGCUGCAGGUCGGUAUUACAUCAUGAUCACUCCUGCGUUUGACCUGAGUCAGGAUCCAGAUUAUCUAACCAUCUGCAUCAGAGUGCCUUACACCAGAACGUCAGAGUUUGACCUGUUCAUCGAUGGGGCAGACUUCAAGUUCUAUGCAAAGCCCUACUUCCUUAGAUUAAGUCUUCCUGGAAGAAUUGUUGAAGAUGGAACAGAAAAGGCUACGUUUGACAUUGAUAAAGGUGUUUUCACACUUAAGGCUCCUAAGGAAACAAGAGGGGAGCACUUCGGAGGGCUUCAAAUGCUCACUAGUCUCCUUGCACCAAAAGGCUCCCGAUCAGCAAAACUUCUGGUGGAAGAUAUGAGUGCCGAAACAGGCAGUGAAACCACAGGAGAUGGUGAGGAGGAGGAGGAUGAAGAAGAGUUUGACUGGCAGCUGGAACAGGAAGUUUACACAGAUCGAUCUGAAGAGAAGCUGGGAACCAUGCAGAAAUACGGUUUCGCUAAUCAAAGGUCCGGAGUGUUUGGACGAUUGCAGGAGGAACUCAGUGACGUGAUUGAUGUCAAGAACCCAGAGGAGACUUUAGCAUCCGAGAGACGUCGGGCUCGGCUGGAGGCAGAGGCAUUGGCUUUCUCUUCUGACCAUUAUUUAGCUGACUUGUUUGAAGACGAUGAGAUAAAUCGCUUGCUGAAGUUUACACCAUGGUGGUCUAAGCUGAGUCCAUCUACGGAGCAGAAAGGGGAAUCUGACUUCCAGCACAAGUCUGACUUUUGUCACCUCCAGAAAUACUCAGAUGACUCUGCAGGUGUCGGGUUUAUCAGUGAUGGACAAGAGGCUGAAUACAGAGAGCUGGUGGACCGCUUUGUGUCAUGGUGUGGGAACAAUCAUCUCAUCUUAAAUGUGAAGAAAACAAGGGAGAUAAUUGUUAAUUUCAAGAGAAACAGGAUUAGAUCAAAUGCUAUUUCCAUCAUGGCAUGAAAACUUGUGAGGCAUUGUAUCAUUUCAAUCAUAAACUUCCUACUUAUGCU